AAAGCCUCGGAAAUAAAAAACGUAGGGCAGACAGACUGCACAGAUAAGAGAGAGAACAGAGCAGGAGAAAGCAUUUGCAUACCAUCACUCUACUGCGGCGGAGAUCGGCCAUCGGUUAACGAAGUGAGAAUGUCGAACGCGGAAGACGACAAGAAGCCCGCCGAUUCAUCGGUGCACCUCAAUAUCAAAGUCAAAGGCCAGGAUGGGAGUGAAGUGUUUUUCAGAAUUAAGAAAAGUACACAGCUGAAGAAGCUUAUGAACGCGUACUGUGAUCGGCAUUCUGUGGACUUAAACUCCAUUGCUUUUCUCUUUGAUGGCCGUCGCCUUCGAGGGGAGCAAACACCAGAUGAUGUGGAUUUGGAGGAUGGCGAUGAGAUAGACGCAAUGCUGCAUCAGACUGGUGGUGCAGGUACUUCUACUGCUUAGGCAGGAAAAUCAGGCUCUAUUGAUGGCUACUAGUAUUGUAAUAUAUCUAUAUCUACAUAUGUAUUAUAUAUACAUUGGGUGUUCUUGUUGUCACUCUAUAAAUUACUAGUAGUCAUAAUCGUGAGUGCGUUCUAUUAUUUUGUGAUAUAAAUAUGUGCGCACAUACAUGAUGAUGGCAAACAACCCCUCGUAGCUAUUUUAAUACUUAUCCCUGUGUUUCUAUUCUA